CGUUACAGCAGCGGUAACGGCAACAGCCGGUUAGGGCUACAGCAGCGGUAACUGGAACUGGAACGGCCGCUUGGCGUUACAGCAGCGGUAGUCAAGUUAUGGCACCGAUAAAUCCGAUGGCCGAUGAGUAGUUAGGCCGAGAGUAAAUAUAAAGCUGAGUGAAUGCACUUCGUCACUUUUGAGUCAGGGAAGACGUCAAGCGUUACAGGCGUGAAAGGAAAAAGAAAGUCUUGAUCACGAUUUUGAUAAUGUAAGUAAGUUCGUUCGGUGUCUUCGAAUCAUGUGCUUUUUUGAGACAAGGCGGGCGUUCGGCCGGCGCCAUAGGCGGCGCUGACUACAGCGCCGACAGGUGCCACCACCCACCACCACCGCCACGGUCCUCCCGUGUACGCACUACACAGUUACCACGUGCUCUUCACCUGUUUAUUGUGUUUUUGUUGCUUUUUGUGUGGUUUGUGGUUAAGGUGUCGUGAUGAAACUUGGCGACAGGUUCCGAACGUUUGAGGAGCUGGAAGAACGUAUUAAGUCCUAUUGCAAGGAAUCGUUUACCCAGCUGUAUACGCGGAGCUCCGUGUCAGUUGUGACGGCCCGUAGGACGAAAGGUCUCAAGCGUCAUGUCAACGAAAACAUCUCCGUGUACGAAAUAAAGUACUGCUGCAUACACGGUGGCAGGACGCACAAAAACCGUGGAAAGGGAGUUCGGAAGACAAGCACAUAUGUCAAGGACUGCCCGUUCCGGAUUGACUGUCGCGUGUCGACUGACGGAGAGUCUAUAGAGGUUGUGGACAUGGCAGAUGAGCAUAGCAAACACGAUAUGUCAGAGGAGAUGUUUUUGCACCUCCCCCACAAUCGAAAGCUCACCAUCGAGGCGCAAAAGGACACCAAAAGGCUCCUUCAGCUGGGCUGCAACAAGAAGCGUGUUGCACGGGCCCUUCAAGAGCAGACAGGCCAGAUAGUACUUUCAAAGGAUUUAUCCAAUAUAGUGACAAUGAACAAGGACCCAAAGAGACACGACCUGAAGACGACUGUGGACUACCUUCAAUCCACAUACAGGUCUGACUGCCAUGUCUUAACAAGCAGUGGAGAGUUCCGAGGGCUGCUGAUCUGUACUCAAGAAAUGAAGCAAUCAAUGCGCCGCUACCCAGAGUACAUUGGAAUUGAUGGAACUUACAAGCUUCUUGACAUUCGGACGCCUGUAUUCGUAAUCCACAACGUUGAUGGGAAUGGAAGUACAGAGACAGUAUGCAUCGCCCUGGUCGUGCACGAAGAUGCUGAGACGCUAGACUGGCUGCUGUCCAAGUUCAAGGAACUCCACCCAGCUGCAUCACAAAUUGGUUGUGUUAUGGCCGAUAAAGACUUGUUGGAGCGUCAGCUACUUAAAGAGCACUUCCCUGAGGCUAACAUCCUAGUGUGCGCUUACCAUACGCUGCGGACCUUCAACCGGGAGAUCACUACACAAAAGAUGAAUAUUUCCAGUAAUUUAAGAGAGAAGAUUUUGCAGGUGUUGCAGGGUAUGGUUAUGGCAAGAGCCGAAGAGAAGUUCGAUGAACUUGAAGGAAAGCUGUAUGAACUUGCACCACCUAACGUGAUCCAAUACUACGAGAAGAACUGGAAGACAACUAAGUAUGAGUGGUAUACGGGACCCCAGUUCAUGGAAGGAUCAUUUAGCAAUACCACAAACAACAGGCUCGAACGAUUUAAUGGGCAGCUGAAAAAUAUAAUGGGGACCAAGAACUCCUUAAAGGACUUCUUCAUUCAGCUCUUCAAUUUGCUGGGCGUGCUGAGAGAAGAGCACAGGCAUAGCUACUACUAUGCACUCUCGAAGACUCCAACUGACUUCGCUGAUUGGGAUGCCCCUCUUCAGCUAUACUAUAGCAGGCUGACGCCCUACGCGUUUCGACAUGUGCAGAAGCAGUACGAACUCUCCAAGCUUGUGCGACUACCAGAAGCAGUUGAUGGUACUACAUACAUCUACAGAAGUAGUGCAGGUUCAACUCUCACUGUCACAUGUGAGGAAUGCCAGUGCACAGAGUUCCUCUCUAUGCACCUUCCCUGUCGUCACAUUUUUGCGGUGCGGCGUGAACAGACCAUGAACCCAUUUUCCGAACACAUCGUGGACAAGAGGUGGACCCGACAGUACUACAACGAAGAGUUUAGGCAACCUGGUCAGGCAUCGACCCAAACUGAAGAAACAGGAAUCCCAGCAGUCACAUGCUCGGAAAUUGUGUCAAGGAAACGACCAAUGGCACAGCACGAAAAGUAUCGCAGGACUUUUCCAUACUGCAAGCGCCUUGCUGAACUGGCCUCCGAAGAAACUGGGCAGAAUUUCCUGGAUCGUCUUUCCUUGCUUGUGUCCAUAAUUAAUGCAUGGGAAAGAGGACACACAGUGAGUCUACCAGUUCAGCCAGAGAAUGUGGAUGAACGUAUACCAGAAGCAUCACACAGGUAUCUCACCCUCAUGGAAGUACCCAGCAUGUCUAAAUGGUGUGUGCCAUGGAGGACAUUUAGCAUCCUACUCAACUUCAAAUAUACGUGCACGCUGCAGUCUUUAUCAGCAACAUGCCUUCUAGUGUAUCAGCAAUAUGCCUUCUACUACAUCAUUCCUCAUCCGUGCUAAAAGUGCCAUGCAGCAUUGUUACAGAAGAACCACUCUCUACAGCAACCGCCUCCCCUCCUCAAGCAACUGCCUCCUCCCUGACACCGUUCCUUCAUGC